ACAGAAUAGACUUUAAGGAGAUGGGUGUUCUGGGGAUAGAGGGUAACGGGGGAGGGAGGCAGUGAAGCUUUGACAUUUGCACGUCUGUCCCCGUACUCCACAGCGAGCGUGUUUAUUUUGUACUGCAAACACAGGAUGGGAAAAUCCUUUACAGGAUUCCACCUCCAAGCCUCCUAAUGCUUCACUGAGAAAGGUCGUAUGUCAUGCUCUUGGCAAGUAUUUGGAGGAAAGAUCACCAGACUGGCAAGGGCAAGGCUGGGCUGGUCCGCCUCUCGUGGCACCUGAAAUCUCCAGUGUGCCCUUUAACCCGCUACACCCAGGCCAGAAAGGAGGGGGUGGCUGUGAACUCAGGGGCUCAGAGUCACCUUAACACAAACUCGAUCUCACCCCAGACCAAAAGGGUCAAGUUCUAAGGGUUCAGGUCAGUGCUGUGUGCCUCUGGGGUGAUGAUUACUUCCUAUACCCAGCUCCCUGCCCCCAAGUCUUGGCCUCCUGCCCAGGCAGGAAGGGGGCAGCCGAGGCAGGGGAUCAGCUGGCAUAGCUCAGCUGGGUGCAGCCCCUGAUGGUGUCAGCAGCCAGGAAUAAACAAGUCCCAGGAGCAUGGAUGACACAGCUGAGCCCGGCCUGGCUGGGCCUGGGGCCCGUGGCAGCCUCCCCUUGGCUGAUCGGGCUCCUGGUUGGGGUUUCUUGGCUCCUGGCCCGAGUUCUGAGCCGCAUCUAUGCCAUCUAUGAAAACUCUGGUCGCCUUCAAUGUUUCCCACAGCCCCCCAAAAGGAACUGGCUUCUGGGUCACCUGGGCAUGGAAGCACUAUAAGCCUGGCACACUGGGACACAUUUGGAAUCGCAGCUACGUGAGAGACCAAAGCAGGAAACCUACAAGGAACUGCACAGGGCAGACAUUCCCCAUGGCCAAGAUGAAGGUGGUGUUGGUGAUGACCCUGCUGAGCUUCUGUGCCCUCCCCGAUGAUGUCGAGUCCAUCAGGAAGCCGGAGCUGAUCCUGCGCACAGAGAGUGGGCUGUGGCUGCAGAUGGAGCCGCCGAGCUUGGGAGUAUAGGCAGCCCUGAG